UUUUUGCAUUUAGAGAGUGUCAGGCAAUACAAAGCUAACAAUGCUGGUGAAAUUUAUUUUACUUAUGCUGCUGGUUAAUUUGCUGACAGCACUGCCAACUUCAGAAUUAAGUGACCAGUCCUCUGAGGAAGCUUGGAGUGUAGAGAAAGCCUGCGCCGAAAUUACAACCACGACCAUGGCAAGAAAUCAGGAUGAUCCUACAUGCAGCAGUUACGUAUAUUGUUAUUUUACAAAUGGACAAGUUCACGCACUAAUCAAGAGUUGCAAGAUGGGCUAUUAUUUUGACGACAGCUUCAAAAUCUGCGUCACCAUUAAACCGGAUGGUUGUACAUAAGCACCAACUUUCGUAGAAUUUCUUGCUAAUCUUUAACAUUGUUAUCGUUUUACCAAUA